UUCAGCUACAUUCAUCGAAAUGGUCUCGCGUACGCGGAUAAUUUGCCAUACGUUGCUCAUCGACAAAACACCUGCGACGUCAACGGGAACACUACCAAAAUAGAAGUGGCCUAUUUUCUCCAUCCCGACGAACAGUCUAUGAUCGACUGGUUGCUAGGAUUUGGCCCAGUCAACAUCGGAAUCUCUGUCACACCAGAUAUGAAGCCCUAUAAGGGUGGUGUCUUCACACCAAACGCAUAUGACUGCAAAAAUAAGGUGGUUGGACUACAUGCUCUGUUGAUCACCGGUUACGGUACAAGUGAGUCCGGUGAGAAGUACUGGAUUGUGAAGAACAGUUGGGGCGAUACCUGGGGUGUUGAGCACGGCUACGUAUAUUUCGCACGUGGCAUAAAUGCAUGCGGUAUAGAGGAUGAACCUAUAGGUAUACUGGCUUAG